AUGGACUUGGUUAUAAACCGUCUGCGGGACCGGGACACUGAAAUACAGCGUGCCGCGCUGCAUGCGCUGCACGGCGAGAUAAAGAGCACGCAGGGCACAAUAGCUGCCAGGACACAGGAGUUUCUGGACGUGCAGUCGUCGAUCGCCGAGUGCCUGGACUUCAUGCAGGGGGACAACAGGCGCCACCUGUGCGAUCUGCUUUCGGUGAUGAGCGUGCUCGACGAGGGCCAGGCGUGUCUGCGCUACCGCCUGGCCGGGAACAUUACCAGUCUGGACGAGUGGGACCCACCAGUAUCGAGGUGGAGGCCAUCGACUUUAUCAUCGAGUGUGUCGCAUGCGCGCGCCACCACGGUGCUCGAUGCCUCCCACUUUGCCAAGGCAAUCAGCUUCAUAAACACCCCCGAGGUCUCAGCCGCAGCCGGGCCCUCGGAGGAUGCCGACGCAAAGAAGACAGGCCCGGCCACUCUUGGGAAGGGCAAUGCCUGCCCGCCCCGCAUGGAUUAUUUUGACUACCUGCUGGACAUGGUUGACAACGACAACAGGUCGCGCGUGCUUGUCUAUCUCGAGGAGAUCUCGGAGUUUUACGAGAUCUCGGAUGUCCUCGUCCGGGCCAGCGCCUUCGACCCGAGCAGGUGCCUCGUAGCGCUGAUCCGGUAUGGGCGCAUCCACGAGGCGGUUGAGUACGUCAGGGGGAUGGAGGACCCUGCCAUGAAGAGGCAGCUGCUGUAUAUUCUUGCAAGAAAUGCCCUCUAUUACGAGGCAGCAAGCGAGGAGGAGUACAUCCUCUCCAACAAGCAUCUUGGAGACAUGUUCAUGGAAACCGCCAGGUCCCUCGAGGUCCUCCCCCCCAAAAAGCUUGAAUACAUGUUCAAGGGGCUGAACAAGGACCGCAUCGACAUCUCUGCGGUUGCGAACGCCUUGGUGCACUGCGCCUACGGGCGCGAUCCUGUCUUCUUUCCCCCAGGAGGGCGACUUUAA